ACAAGAGCGCGUUCUUUUAGCGACGAUAAACCCAAAACCCUAAACCCUCACUCUGGUUUUUCUCCUAAUUUCUCUUCCUUUCUUCUCCAUCUCUCUCUCUCGUGAAUUCAGAGAUUACUGCUGUGUUCUUUCUUUCUGGAAUUUAUUUGGGGCAUCCUAGGUAGCUAGCUUGCUUCCCAAGUAACCAUUAUUUGUUGAUGCCUUUGCCUCUAAGGACAUCUCCGUCACGCGGUGUUGUUUAGUUCAUCAUCAUGAUGGCAUUUGAAACAAUAGCACCGAAUAUGAAAGUAAAUCUCCGGUUACCCCCCAAAAAAAUUGGAGUUGGUUAUGGGACAACAAAGGGUGAGCAUGGAGAAAGAGUAUCGCGUGUUGAUGAAAACAGAUGCUGUAGUCCAAAGAGAAAGUUCUCUGUCUCAGGUUCUGUCAAGAGAGGACCUCAAGGUUGUACUGAGGGACAAAAGGUGAAGAGGCAGAAGAUGGAUCGGAGAGUAUCACUGCAAUGUGCUAGCAUUCUGAAGAGUCUGACAUCUCAUAGAUAUAGCUGGGUUUUUAUUAAGCCUGUGGAUCCUGUAGCAUUGAACAUUCCAGAUUAUUUCACAGUCAUCUCUCGACCCAUGGAUUUAGGCACAAUCAAAUCCAAGCUGGAGAGAAAUGUUUAUUUUGACAUUGACGAAUUUGCAGCUGAUGUAAGAUUGACCUUUUCCAAUGCCAUGACAUAUAAUCCUCCUGGUAAUGAUGUUCAUUUAAUGGCGAAGACACUCUCAGGAUUAUUUGAGAGUAAAUGGAAAGAUAUAGAGAAAAAAUCGAAGUGUGAAGGUGAGCAUGGAAAAAGCAUGGCAGAAACAGUUAGGAAUACUGAGAAAAAAAUUUGUAAUGCAACACACCUCCUGCAAAAAGAUAGCUUCCCCAAAAAGUCACAAGCACCUGAACUGAAAGGAAUUCAGAAGAUAAGUUCAUUGGCUGGAAGACAUCCUAAAGAGGAGGUUCCUAAGUUGUCUCAGAUUCCUCGCAAAUUUGCUGGGAAAGACUUGCGCAAAGAUAAAGGAGAUGGAAGACAUCCUUCUUCUGGCUCUGGAAAGGCAUGUCCUACAUUGGGUCUUUCCACAUGCAAGUGCAGUAUUUGUGGUGACACCCCUUGCGUAUGUGCAUCUGAUAGUGAUCUAACACGUAUAUCUUCUGAAGGAUCACAAGGAAGAGAUUUACAUGAUGACCAGGCGCAUCGUAAAUUACCUUUGCAAAGGAAAGCUAGACUUGAUUCUUAUGGUGAGAAGACCAUGAGUCAUGAUGGUGCACAUACAUGUUCUAGUUUCCAGCUUACAAAACCUGCUACUGAUGCAGCUUCUGGGGAAGUAUGGAGCACUCCUGUUAUUGAUGUUCAGAUGUCACCUAAAAAGGCUCUCCAUGCUGCCAUGCAGUUAAGACGCUAUAGAGAUACCAUCUUGAAAGCAAAACAGAAAAUGUAUCUUGAUCAUGGUUAUAAAAGUGAUUCAUGGAAAAUACAGCAGGAAAAGGAGAGGUUGGAAAAGAUGCAACGUGAUGAGAAAGCCAGAAUUGAUGCCCAAAUUAAAGCUGCUGAAGUUAAGGCUAAGCAAGAUAAGCAACGAAGAGAUAAGAAAAGAGAAGCUGCCCGAAUUGCAAUACAAAAUAUGGAUAGAACUGCAAAGAUGGAGAAUAACUUAGAGAGUCUGAAGGAGCUUGAAUCGUUGAGUGGGGGGAAGUUAUAUUAUCCCAGCCUGGGCAGUAGUCCCCUGGAGCGGCUUGGUUUUAUUAUGAAGGAUGAGUACAUUAGCUUAGAUGAAGACGAGGUUCUGAAUGAUAUAGAAGAAGGAGAGAUUUUGUCUUGAAGGAUUCAGGAUUAGGCAGAAGUUUUUCUUGGAAGAUUCGAGAUUGUUAUUUCUGAUAUAUCAUUUGUUUAUUCUUCCUUUUUUGGUAUGGAAACAAUCAGUGUAAAUAUCAAACAGUGAGAUAGGUUCAAGUAAAUAGAAUCAAGGCAUUACAUCUUUUUGUCCGA